AUGAGGAACAAAGAAAUGAUCCCCUUCCCCAAACUACAGACCCAAUGGCAGUUACCAAACCGGGCCAUCUUUUCAUACUUACAACUGAAGAGCAUCCUCACAGCAUACACACCACGCAGCUCUACUACACCCGACCCUAAAUGGGUUGCCCCUUACCAACUCCUAGACAGGUGUUGGUCUACACCGACAAAACCAAAAACACUGGCACUAUGCUAUAAAGUAUGGCAAGAGAUCACCCCCACUGUACCCCAAUCAUACAAGGCCCAAUGGGAAGCAGACUGUAAUGAGACACUAACGGAUGAAAAUUGGUUACAUGCUUUGAACGGGCUCUCUAAGUGGACCCGUUGUUUCUCACACAUCGAAGCGCACAGAAAACUUAUGUACCAUUGGUACAUGACCCCCAGCGUCUACAGUGAAUAUUCCCUAACACCUCACCUACCUGUUGGAGAUGUGGUACUGCCCUGGGUACCCUAAAACAUAUUUGGUGGUCCUGUGAGGAUAUCCUACCCUUAGGACCCUAACUCGUACCAUAUUAGACAUGCUGGCCAUCCCAGACUUUCCCUUAACCCCCACUGUAUGCCUACUAUUACUACUACCUGCACAGCUAAGCUCAGGCGAAAAACAGAUUACAGUGUUAACACUAAUGGCGGCAAGAAACCUCCUGGCAGAAGGGUGGAAAUCCCACAAUUGCCCAUCCAUGACGCAACUACUUGA